AUCUUGUUCCUUUUACACAUCCCAUUCGAUCCUAUCUCGCAGAAUUCUAACAUCUACACAUCCCACCUUCCACACCACACACGACCAACUCAGAUAAAAGAAAGAAAACAGAAGCCAAGAAAAAUUCAAAAUGGUCUACACAAUUGUCGUCCACCUCGUCGCUAAGGCGGACCAGGAGAGCAUCGAUAAGCUGGCCGCGAAACUUAAGGAAGCGAGCCAGGUGUAUAGUCAAGAUAAAGAGACGUUGAGUUGGUUUGUUAUGCAGGAUACGAAGGAACCGAGGAAGUUUUGUAUUGUGGAGAGGUAUUUGAAGGAAUCGUCUCAGGAAUACCACCUCAACAACCCCUACUGGAAGACUUUCGACCCGUAUGUCAUUCCGCUGCUAGAUCAGCCAAUGGACUUGAGGCGCUUUGAGGAAUUGGAUACGAGUGUUCCGGGUGCGGGUGCGCAUUACCAUGAGGAUGCUGUUAAGACAGAGACGAGCUUGGGGGAUAUGUAUAAGGGAACCGAUGCUUAGAUGAUGGUGGGGUUAAGAGGGUCAACCCCUAUUUUGAGAUUGCACGCCGGCUCCACCUCGCUCGGAUCUGACAUAUUACCCAUUAUUUGAAUCACUUUCAAUUAACCUGUUCCAAAAAUUUGACUUAUCUAAUUCCC